GUCCAUCAGUGCCUUGUGUCAGUGCUCAUCAGUGCCUCGUUCCAGUGCCCAUCAGUGCCACAUCAAUGCCACAUAUUAGUGCCUACCAGUGCACAUCAAUGCCACAUAUCAGUGCCCAUCUGAGCUGCCUUUCAGUGUCACCCAUCAGUUCCAGUCAGUGCCACCUAUCAAUGCCAAUCAGUGCCACCUAUCAGUGCUGCCAAUCUGUGCCACCUAUCAGUGCCAAUCAGUGCCGCCUAUCAGUGCCAGUCAGUGCCGCCUAUCGGUGCGCAUCAGUGCCGCCUAUCAAUGCCGUGUCGGUGCCACCUACCAGUGCCAGUCAGUGCCGCCUAACAGUGCCAGUCAGUGCCGCCUAUCAGUGCCGCCUAUAAGUGCUGCCUUUCAGUGCCCAUCAGUGAUGCCUGUCAAUGCCCAUCAGUGCCACCUACCAGUGCCUCCUCUUCAGUGCCCAUCAGUGCCACCUAUCAGUGUCCAUCAGUGCAGCCUAUCAGUGCCCACCACUGCAGCCUCAUUAGCGUAUAUCAUUGAAGGAGAAAAAUCACUUAUUUACAAAAUAUUUUAAAAACUAAGAAAAACGUUUUUUUUUUUUUCCAAAAUUUUCAGUGGUUUUUGUUUUGUUUAAGAAAAAAUAA